GCAGAAGGGGCCCUUUUAUGUGCAUCGCGUCAGAGAGUGUUGGGGCCAGCUCGGAACAACAGGUUAUCCUCCCGCGGCUGAAGCUUCGCACGUGUGCCGGGAAUUAUUGCGACUUGAAUUUCCGCCGAAAGGAAGAAUGAUGAAGAAAUUCGGCGCACUGUAGUCAAAUGCCUAACGGCGACACGAAUCUUCAAAACAACAAAUCUCAAGACAGCUUCUUAAGCGGCGAUUGAUAUACCAACUUAAUUUAUAUUUUUAGUUUAAGAAAUGGCUUCGAUCAACGCAACCGACUUGGAAAAAUUGGCGCAAUGUCCGCCGGGCCUUCUGCUGCCCUUCCUGGAGGAGUCCCACUGGAGCGUUGGCCUCCGAGCCACUCUCUACAUCAUGGGAUUGCUCUACUGCUUCUUGGGCAUCGCAAUCGUCGCUGAUGUGUUCAUGGGAGCAAUCGAGAUUAUCACCAGCAAAACGAGGAAGGUCUAUUUGGCUUCAAACACUCAAGGCCAGGAGCCAGAUGUUGUCGAGGUCAGGAUAUGGAACGACACGGUGGCCAAUUUGACGUUGAUGGCCUUGGGCUCGUCGGCUCCAGAAAUCUUGUUGUCCUGCAUCGAAAUUGUGGGCAAAAACUUUGAAGCCGGUGAACUUGGCCCGGGCACGAUCGUCGGUUCGGCUGCUUUCAAUCUGCUGAUCAUCUCCGCCGUCUGCGUGGGCGGCAUUCCGGAGGGAGAAACCAGGACCAUCCGCAUGAUCAAGGUCUUUGGAGUUACUACGAUUUUCAGCUUGUUGGCGUACAUCUGGUUGUUGGUGAUCGUGGCGAUUUCGUCCCCAGGGAUCGUCGAGGUGUGGGAGUCGGUGGUCACUUUCAUGCUGUUCCCGGCGCUGGUGCUUGUGGCCUUUGCGACGGACCGCGGCUUUAUCUGCGGGGUCACCCGCUUGCCAGGGCAAAAACAAAUUGAGUUGGAGCAGCCAGACGGUAUGGGCGAGGGUGACAAGAUGAUUACCACCAGGGGUUUUUUCAAAAACGGCGUCUUGGAAAAAGACUCUCUCGUCGCUUUUGUAAAAGAGGUCAAAAAAUACCCAGGCCUUUCCGACGAGGACGCAGCUUUGCUCGCCGCUCAAAAGCUUGUAGAAUCUCAACCUCACUCCAAAAUGUGGUACCGAAUUGGGGCCGUCAGGAAUUUGUCUGGUGGACGGAAAACGCAACUGCGGCUGACCAAAAAGCUCAAAGAGAAAUUGGAUUCCAGGUUGAAACUGGUCUAUGACACGAUUAAUGAGCACCCAGAGGCUCCCAACCUUGGCCCCAUACCUGAAACCGACCUGAGCAAAGCCAUCAUCGAAUUUCACGCGGCGACCUGUGCGGUGGCUGAAAAUAUUGGAAAGUUCCCCAUCACCAUCGUUAGGCACGGAAAAAUGGACGAAACUGUAAAAGUCAGAAUCGAAAGUAUUGAUGGAACUGCGACAGAAAUUGAGGAUUACAUUCCUGUAAAUGAAGUCAUCACCUUUGAGCCAAAUGAAAUGCGAAAGACGGUGAAUAUUGAGAUUGUUGAUGACAACCAAUGGGAGCCUGAUGAGGAAUUUUUCCUAAAAUUAAGCUUGAUACCUACAGAGAAUAAUGAAAAUGUGCAGCUGGGUCACAUGUCUAUUAUGGAGAUAACAAUCUUAAAUGACGAUGAACCGGGUGUUUUGUCCUUUAACAAGAGGGGUAUCCUGGUACAGGAGAGUAUUGGCAUGGCAAGAAUUCCCGUUGUGAGAACGGGUGGCGCCGACGGAGAGGUGUCCGUGAAGUGGAGGACAAAAGACAAAUCUGCGUUCACCGGCAAAGAUUUUAGGGGAGGAGAAGGAACUCUUACUUUUGGACACACAGAGACUGAAAGAAUCCUCGAAAUCCCUAUUAUUGAUGAUAUGGAGCCUGAAAAGGAUGAACACUUUGAAGUUGAACUUUUUGAGCCCACCGGUGGCGCCAAACUGGGAAGCAUUCCUCGAAUGGCUGUCACAAUCACAAAUGAUGAUGCUUACAACAGCAUCACAGAUCAUUUAAUGAAAAUGACCCACGCAAAUAUGGACGCCAUGCGGACCCACCAAGACACUUGGGCCAACCAGAUACGGGACGCAAUGAAUGUGAACGGCGGAGAUUUGGCAAACGCGACCAACGUUGAUUACCUCAUGCACUUCUUGACCUUUGGCUGGAAGAUUAUUUUCUCACUCAUCCCCCCUCCCAGCCUUCUCGGUGGAUGGCCCUGCUUUUUCUUUUCGCUUGCAAUGAUUGGAGUUAUCACUGCGGUCGUGGGAGAUUUGGCGUCUAUCUUUGGCUGCCUGGUUGGACUGGAAGACAGCGUUACAGCCAUCACCCUGGUUGCAAUGGGCACCUCUCUACCUGACACAUUUGCCAGCAAAGCAGCUGCCAUGCAGGAGAAAUAUGCGGACAACGCUAUCGGCAACAUCACCGGCAGCAACUCUGUCAACGUUUUCCUUGGCUUGGGUCUGCCCUGGAUGAUGGCCGCCCUGUACCACUGGAAUAAGGGAACGACCUUCUUCGUGCCCUCGGCAGGUCUCGGUUUCAGCGUCUGCGUCUUCACAUUGGUCGCCGUGUUGGCGGUGAUGCUCUUGAUGGUCAGGAGGCACCUUUCCCUCUUCGGAAAGGCCGAACUCGGUGGCCCUUUCUGGCCUCGCGUGGGCAGCGUUGUCUUCUUGGUCGGUCUCUGGUUCCUCUACGUAACCCUUUCCUCCCUUCAAGCCUAUGAUGUCAUCAAAGUGCAGUUCUAACUCGGCUUCUUAAAUAUAUUUAUAAACGUGUUUUGACUGUUUCGAGAAUUUAUAUUAACUUUAUGUGCAUUUAGUUGCAUUCCUAACUUCCAUUUGUACAACUUUAGAAUUAAUUAAUUUGAUGGAUGGAGAAAAUAACCAACGUUCAAAAUUUGUGUAUCUAUGCUGAGCUUCUUGAAAUUGUAACAAUUUCGCUUUAGCCUUUUGGCAAAUUCCGUAAUACUGUAAUGAGUGAUCUAUUAUGACUUAAAUAGAAAAAAAUAUAUUAUAAUAUAAUAUUAUUGCUGCUGGGUAGCUUAUAAUAUAUCAAAUCACUAUAAAGUGGUUCUUGCAAGAACAAAUUUAAAUAAUACUUAACAAACUUUUGCUUUUAUAGAAAAAUAAAAUUUGGGCAUAACUUUUUUUUAAGGAAUUCAAUGCAGAAGGCGCAAUGUUAAAAUUUAACUGGUAGCUCUUCUUGAUAUACAUGGAAUUGCAAAUCAAUCAAUUCUCAACCUAGCACUUAUUGCCUUUUUUCUUAAAUGUUUAAUAU